AUGCGGAGGGUGAGCCCCAGGGAGGCUGAGCUGCUAAAGGAUCCCAGCAUGGAGUGUAAAGUCCGCUUCAGAUUUGCUGGGCAGGAAUUUCCACCUUUCGUUGUGUUUAAGAUUUUUCGCCACACCCAAGGCAAAAGCAGCAAAUAUAUUAGUGGGAAAAGAAUAAUAAGUCCAUCAAAUGAGGCAGCAGCUGAUGCUUGCAAGUUAAUGGGAUCUCGGAAAUAUUAUGAACAAAUAGUGCAAGAUGAGCUUCAGUAUGAAAAGCAGAGGAUAACAGAUGAAACAGAUGUUGCUACAAUGAAAGACUACAUGCACUAUAUGAGUAGUCUGGAUGAAACCCCUGCAUACUUUGGUGGCAGGAACAAUUGCUGGAGAAGGCUGUCUCUGCAGAAUUUCCCCAGGACAAUGAUCGUGUAUGACAUAAUGGAUUAUGCUCAGUCCAGAAGACUGUCAGACAGACUUAAAAAGGAGCUGAAGUUUCUGCUGCUGAGGCCACAGAAUAAAGAACUUUGGCAUGAUCAGCUCAUGGCUAUUGCUAAUAUUAGGUCUUCAUUUCCAUCCGAUUCAUCAGUCACCUCCUCGUUCUGCUGUAACCGACUCACUAGGCUGUCCAUGCGGUCAACACGGUGCUCUUCUCAAGCUCGGCAAAAGAUAGCAAAAAUGAAGAGGGCCUAUUUGUGUGAGAAGGAGAGAGAGUUAUAUCACAUGAUUUUUAAUAGUUCAAAAAGCACAGCAAUAAGGACCUAUGCAUGCUAUAUACAGGCACGGAAACCAGCUACUAAAAAUGGGAGUGACUUCACUGGGCAUCAAGAAACGGCACUGUCACAAUUUGAAAAGCCUGAGGAUCAGUCUCUUCUUGCAGAUGAAGAAUGGGAACAUGAAGCAGCUACAUUGUAUGCUUGGUCCCAGGCGUUAUCUCUUGAGGAUGUUGGGUGAUUUUCAUGUGUAGGUAAUGUAAAAAAUAUUCAAAAGUUACAGCAAUGGAAAGUGACUAAACUUUUUAAUCAUUUGAAUGUCUUUGGUCCUGCUUUGAACAGACUGCAAAUAUAAAAGCAUGGCUUCCUACACCUACUUUACAUGUUUAACAAGGUACAUAUAUUCACUGUAAUUGUUCUUCA